AGAGGAUAACUGAAAAUUAAAUAGAUGGGUAGGAGGGUGACAUCUUUAUAGUCAAAUAUGAAAUAAAAAUAGUAACUCUAAAAUACCAAAAUACAUCAUGAUAAAUGCAUAAGUCAAAGAAACCUUUUAACCGUGUUCACUAUGCAGAGUUUACACUACACGUAUUAGACAGCCACACUAGAAAUGAUAUUGAACGAAUAGUAAACAGCGUUGAUAUAAGACACGGUGUGAGAGCCAUUAGCUAUAUCUAAUGCGUAAAAUUUAGAAAUAAAAAAUAUAAUGGUGAAGCCGAAGAUACCAAUACUUUGCUAGCUAGCUGGCACACACUCAUGACGCUAGCACGACGGCUCUGGGCUGCAGCGAUUCGAGGAAUCAUUAAGAUUUUAACAAGCAUGAAAACAAAAGUAAGCAGGAAGAUGUUGAGGUAUAUUUUUAUGGCAAUAUUUUUAUUGGGGUUCCUCAUUAUACUGGAUGCCAUAAUAGAGAUUUUCAUGAGCCACUACCAUAAACAGGGAUGGAACUCAGACACAGACACUGCAAGGACGCCACCUAUGGGCUGGAACUCUUGGAAUAAGUUUGGUUGUAAGCAUCUUGAUGAAGAUGUUGUAAAGAAAACUGCUGAUCUCCUGGUUUCCACAGGUCUUGCCGCUUCAGGAUAUGUUUAUGUCAACCUUGAUGAUUGUUGGCAAUUAUACAGGGAUAACAGGGGAUACAUUCAACCUGACCCAGAAAAGUUUAAGGGUGGAAUGAAGACGUUGGGGAAAUACAUUCACAGUAAAGGCUUGAAGUAUGGCUUGUACACCGACUCUGGAACACUUACGUGUCAGCGGAGACCUGGAAGCUACAGGCACGAGAUACAGGAUGCAGAAUCGUAUGCUUCAUGGGGUGUUGAUUACUUGAAGAAUGAUGAUUGUUGGUUGUACCCUGGAACAACAUCCAAUGAAAACUAUGCCGCAAUGCACACAGCCCUGUCUAACACCAACAGACAGAUCAUACAUAGCAUCAAAGGCUCUAUUGACAUCAGGAAAAGUAGACAUGUUUCCAAUGUAAGACGCGUUCAUAGUGAUAUAUACGACGAAUGGGAAAUUAUGUUAUUUUGCGUUGAUUCUCUUAUAAACGAAGGACUGGAGAGAUACAGCGCUCCUGGGUUCUGGAAUGACCUAGAUAUGCUAGAGAUCGGAAACGGAGGAAUGAGUGCUUCUGAAUACAGAGUUCACAUGUCACUGUGGUGUGCCCUCAAGUCACCAUUACUCCUAGGACACGAUUUAUCCAAGAUGACUCAAGAUGAGCUUGAAAUACUAUCAAACCCUGAAGUUAUCGCAAUUAAUCAGGACCCCCUUGGUGUUUCUGCUUCACUUGUGAAAAAUAUAAGACCAGCAGAUGGUGUCUCACGCGUUAUACUUACAGGCGAAGAUUGUACGAACACAGAGAUGACCGAGUCGUUCGCAUUCCGUUAUGAUACGUCCACCAAUCAGAUUAUUAAAAUAAAAACUGAUGAGCCCGACCCUCAGUGUAUAGAGGUUGAAGGUGAUGAUUCGUUGGUGCUUAGACAAUGUGAUAAAGAGUCGCAAAACCAAAAGUGGAUCGUCAAAAACAACACAAAGGCUACAAAAAUAUCAAAAUUAACAGAUAAAACAAAAUGUAUCGCAACAAGUACAUACAACAGAGUUAGCGCUAGAAUCCAAGAUUGCAAAGCGCAUAAGAAACGAUGGAAAAACAACGAAGCCUGGCACCCCCAUAAUGAUGAGUUUCAAAUUAUUGGCGACCUUACAAAAUCAUUUCGAUUCUCCAACACAAAUCACAUGUGUUUGGGAAUAUCCUCUCCACCAGAUAUUAACGUAUAUUACGGCCCACUACACAAUGGCGGCCACGUUGUUGUUAUUGUGAACCGGGACAACAAACCAAGACAAAUUGAACUUAAGUUUGAUUAUCUCGGGGUGGACAUUGACCAGGAAUACGUAGUGAGGAACUUAUGGACAAGGAAAGACCUCGGGGUAUACUCGAAAGGAUUAUCUUUCGAUGUGUCCAAUCAUGAUUGUGUUAUGUUAACUCUAAGGCUUCUUACGUAACAUUUGCGAAUGCAACUGUCGGCUGCCGGCUACCAGUUUGAUUGGAAUUAAUAACCAACUGAUUCACAUAUGAAUAGUACCUGCCGUGUAUCCCGGUAAUUGCAAGCAAUCGAGUUGAACCUAAUAACUGACUUAUAAAACAGUUUAAUCUGCCUGCAUUUUAGAAGAAACUAACACAGACUCACGAUGAGUUCGGUAUUGCAAAUUGCGGAAGUACAUUUCGUGCAUGCGCAUAAAUGCAAAAUACAAUGGCAUAAAAAGUAACGUUAUCAAUUUGUUUGUCGGCUAACAGGUUGUUCGUCAUUUCAACUUCAAAAUGAAGUUUUAGUUCAUGUAAAUUCAUUAUACCGACGCGCAUUAUACCGAAAAGGCCUACCGAUGCGCGUUGUACCGAAAUCCGUGCCAGUGGGACGGCACAUUGC